GCAUGGGAUAGUAACCUCCCUGUCUUGCUCCUGGUCCAUGUGGAAUCCGGAGGCCCACAGGCAUUCCAGGCUGUGAGACUGUGCAAGGCUGUGCCCAGGAGUGGGCAGUGUGGGCCAGACUCCCAAAUGCCCCUCACCUCCCAGGACCUGCAUCCCCAAGCCUCAUAGCUUUGGUCUCCACCAUAGCCCGGGCUGUGCUGGGAGGGGUGGGAGCUGCACUGUGGGUUGUGUCUGUGGCCAGGCCUUAGGCCCACAAAAGGGUAGAGCUGCCUGGACAGCCCAGAUGUGGGGGUGAUGCCAGGGCAGGUUGGGAAGCCACCAGGUCUAUCCCCCAGCUACAUGUGGGGACUCUGGGACUGCUGCCCCCUCCCCUGUAACUGUCAAGAGAUCUGUUCACUGGGGACACUACAGCCCAAGCCACAGCCUGUGGGUCCCCUGAGCCCCAACUUGCGAUAAGGCCUGGUUCCCCCUAGAGCAGCUCCCUUUUGUUCCAAAGAUGCUUGUGGGGUUACGCCUUUCCCGGAAGACAGAGAGACGCAGCUGUAGCCGGGCUCAGGUGGCCUGCCCAGCAAAACGCCCAUCCUGCAUGACCCUGGAUGUGACCCUGUACAAAGGCCCUCCUCCUCUGUGCCCCUCGGCCAAGGCUGGUUGGGGGAGAUCGUGGGGGGCCUCAUCACUUCCUUUCUCCUCUCCAGCUUGUCCUAGACCUGCUGCUCGUGACCCCAGCGUCUUCCUGCCAGAAGGAUCCAUGCACGUUGCAUAGCGAUGGGCCCCCGAGCAGGUGCCCUGGUGAGCCCAGGUCUCAUCCUCUUCGUGUGGCUCACUACCCACUGCUCUCAUCCCCAGGCCGAAGGCUUCUCCCAGGAAGGGCUAGAUGCCAGCAGGGCCAUCCUGUGGGCCAGUGCCAACACCUCCCUCCUGCAAGGCUUCUGGUGCCAGCCAGCCAGCCAGCUGUCUCGGGACCAGCUUUCAGCUCUGAUCAGGAGGAUGGCAUCGCAACAGGUGCUCCUCAAAGCCUGGCAGCUCAGCUGCCUGGCCAACCUGGCUGCCCUGCAUGGCCUCCAGAGUGACUUUUCACUCCAUCCGCCUGACCUAUUGCUCUUCUACAACCUGGGGCAGGUAAGGGAAGCCAACUGCCGGGCCUUCACCCGCCGUGCCGCCCAGGGGGACACUGAGCUGCUGGCCAACCUGCCUGACCAGAGGGCCGCCCUGCAGCACUCAGCCUUGGCUUGCCUGGGAGUGCCCCACACACGUCUCAGUGCCUCAGAUCUGCUGCUCCUUGGGGUCCUGUUGUGCGACAUGGAUGCAUCCAGCAUCGUGGCCUCGGACCCACAUGUGCUGCAGAACCUGCAGCGCUGCCCCCCGCUGACCCCUGCCCAGCAGACUGCUCUCAAUAUGCUACUGGCCAGUGGGAGGACCAUGCUUGGGCCCCCUAUCUCCUGGAACCUGGAGGGGUUGCAGGCUCUGGGACCACUGGCCACCUACAUCAGCUCCAGCCUGUGGAUGCAGGUGCAGGAGGCCGUGGGCCUGGACUUCUUUGGCAGCAUGGUGGCCGCGUGCCGGACAGGGCAGCUCAGCCAGCGUCACACCAGGCGCUUUGUCACCAGCUUCCUUGAGGCCAAGGCCAAGACCAAGUCAAUGUUCUCACGACCCAAGCGGGGCACAGGGCGACCCUGCAUCCAAGGCAACAUCACGGUGGCUACACUGCAGGAUGACCUUUUCCUGGUGCACUACGACUGCUCACAGCUCGAAUCUUGCCUGGGCAGCCGAGUGCUCAGGGCCAACCUGGACCCCCUGCUGCAGCACCCGCUACCUGCUGAGUGCCAGCGUGUCAUCAAGACCAAGUUGGCUCGAAUCUACCCGAGUGGCGUCCCAGAAGAGCAGCUUCGGCUCAUCACCUCACUGGUCUACCUCUACUCUCCCAUGGAGAUCAGCCAGUGGAACAUCACAUCUAGUGACACGGUCGUGGCCCUGCUGGCCUCAGAUGUGGCCCUGGAGAACCAGACGGAGGCCAUCCUGCAGAAUUUCCUGGACCACAAAGGCAACAUCACCAGCACCCUGCUUGUGGCUAUUGAGGGCUCCCGACUCUGCUGGAUGAGCCCCCAGCAGAUCCAGGCCAUCAGGCCCUUGGAGUUCCGGCUGGCCGGGGCCCUGGAUAUCACCGCCUGCCCUCAGAACCAGAAGGACGUGCUCUACUACAAGGCCCGAGAGGCCUUUGGCAGCGGCAGCGCCAGGACCACGGCUGCCUACUACCACUUCAUAUGGCCCUACCUGGGAGGUGCCCCCAUAGAGGAGCUGCAGCACCUGAUCCAGGCGAACAUCUCCAUGGACAUCCACACCUUCGCCAGUCUGAACCCUCGAGUGCUACAGAGCCUAAGUGUCGACAAUGUGACAACGCUGCUGGGCCAGAACAUCGGGGACCUGCAGAAGGCACGCAGCCACCCAACCAUCAGCUCCUGGCUCCGCAGCCUGAACAGGUCGGCCCUGAGCCAGCUGGGCCUGGACAAGGACCCUGACAGCCCCAUCGGCCCCACUGGCCCAGUCCACUCGACCACUGGGACUCACAACAACACCCCCUGGACAUCCCAUGUAGCUACCACAUUGGGCGGGCCUGGGAAUGACGCCCCCACCUCAGGCAGCCCACCAGUCUACCUAGGGUACCUGCCACUUGCUGUGGCCCUGCCCUCCAGCCUCCUGUGGCUGCUGUAUCACGGCACCCUGGGGCCCCAUUGGGGCUGCUCACAGGGCACCUGCGUAAUGGCCUCUGACAACAGUGCUGUGCUGGCAGGUGGAGCUGGAUGCCGAGGCCAAGGCAUAAGCCCCAGGCACAGAAAACCUGGCCAUUCUAGGAGCCUGCAGGGCAGAUCCUGCCCACACCCAGCUCCCAGGACCUGGAGCUGCACCGAGGGCCUGGGCACAGCUGUGACUAUUGGGUCACCAACUCCUGCCAGCUGAGGAGGACAUGCCCCCCCUCUGGUCUUCUUCAGGACAAAAAGCUGGGCCUGGGGAGGGGUCCUCCUUGGCACUUACUCCGCUGACUUUAUUAAAGGACAAGGUGACCUUCCUGCA